GUGGCAAAAGUGGCAAAGCAGAUGAAUCUUGCGGUCAGCAACGCCCCUGUCAGCAACGCCCCUGGCAGUCUGGGUCGUGAUCAGUCAACUGCUUCCGACUUCAACUACGGGGAUGACCCAGAUUCGGAAACCGCGCGUUGGCGGCGCUGUAUAUUUGGGAAAUUCUCUUUGAAGGACGCGAAAGCCUUGGUGGAUGGGAAAGCAGAUCCUAACUGCAGGUUCAAAUACAAGCUUGGCCCCAAAGAAUUUCAGGGAACACCUUUGACGCUGGCGGUAAAGCUUGACAAGCCUGCGCUGGUUCGCAAGCUCAUCGAUUUCAAAGCAGACCCACAAUCAGAGUAUUCGAUGUCGGCUGGGCGAUUGCGAGUCCAUUGGACUGGACCAGCGGUUUGUGCCACAGUGGCGAAGGGAAAUUUGUCAAUGAUGAGGUUGCUGGUGGAGUGUGAAGCCAGUCUCCAUGGGUCACAUCCCCAGGGCCGAGUGAUUUGCUUUGACGGCGAACCGAAUGUGACGUUGCUCUAUGAUGCCAGCUACUUCGGCCAUGCACAUUUGGUGCAAUAUUUGCUUCAUCAGAAAGGCGACCCUGAUGUGGACGUGAAGUUUCAGGAUGACUUGAACAUAACGAAACGGCCCUUGCAAAUCUCAUGCAGCCUUGGCCAUGAUGAGGUGGUGCGAGUUCUGCUGAGCGCGAAGGCCCAAAUCUCGCCUGACACGGGCGAUGGCCCACAGGAGCUGCAGGAUGCUAUUGAUGGUUGCCAUGUGGAGGUCGUACGACUGCUCACCCAAGCUGGUGCCGAUCUCUUCUGUGGAGAAGAGGGAAGGAGAGGAAUUGAUUACCUCUUCAAUACCAACAAUGCAGUGCUCAUAGCCUCAGCUGCAAAGGGCUUACGCGGAGCCAGGGAGGAUCUCGUCGAGCUCAUCCAAUUGCCGGACUUUGUGCGCUUCUUGGCCACUCCAGAUGCUGAAGAAAUUCUUUCGGCCGUUUUUCGAAAGUGCGAACUGCGCUAUUGGCAAGGACAAAGGCGAAUCAUUUGGAAGACUGCAUACAUAUUGCACGGGGACAUGAACGUUGCAGUGGGUCCACACAAAGAGCAUAUGGAAGAGAGCUUCCAGCAGCAGAUGCAGAAGCAGACCACUCACCAAACAGACAAGGAGAAACAACAAGUAGAAGAGCAGUUCUUGUCCCAGCUGCUCCCUCAUCGAAAAGAGAAUUUGAAAGAUGCUUCUAAGAUCCCUGUAGAGAUUUGGCGAGGGCUGCUUCCAGGAUUACACCGGAAUCCUGAGGUUCUGUGGGUGUUAGCCUCCGGCCUCAACGAUCGAGUUUUUGAUGAGAAGGGGGCCCGUGCAAUCAUUGAACUGGCCUGGGCAGAGGCUUCUCUUGGGCAAAAGAUAACCUUUACCUUGGACUUGCUGGUGGCUCUUCUUUUUUGGGCCUUGGCAUUCUUGCUCAACGAUCGGCGCUUGCAAGACGAAAAGUGGCAUUGGCUUCGCACUGUCGCUCUAGUGAUUCUGAUGGUGAUUUGGGUUCGGAACGUGGCAAUUGAAUUCCUGCAAUGCGUUGGUUUUCACGCUUUGGGGAAGCUUUGGCAGUACUUCCGAUCUCUUGAAAAUCUCGCUGACUUUUUGAGGAUCAUCGCAACUGGCUUCAGCCAAAUUGCCCUUGUGACGAGUUGGGACGAGUUUGAAACCAAUCAGGUCUUACGGGUAAUCUUUGCUAUCACAGGCUUUGUGAGAUGGCUCAGGGUCCUGAAUUCGCUCAAGGGUUUUGAGAGCACUGGGAAACCGAUGCUGCCCAUUCUGCAAGCGGUGCCAGCGACCCUGCCCUUCUUUAUUGUUGUGCUGUGUUGGUUCUCCGGAUUCAUGCACAUGUACUACUCCUUCGGUUUGACUGACUGGUGGACUUCCGGGAUGAUCAUGUAUCGACUAGGUUUCUUGGCAGACUUCUCUCGCAACGAGAUGGUAUCUGUUGAAGUUGAAGAUAUUUGGGCAUUCUGGGUAGACAGCGUGCUGGUGUUCAUGGGCCUGAGCAUGUCCAUCAUCAUGAUGAAUAUUCUGAUUGGCGUUCUGGCUGAAAGCUACAACAGGGGCUGGGAGCAUCGGGAGCGUUUGUUCCUCUUGGAGCGAUCCCGACUGGUUCUGCAGCAUUUUACCACGGCGCGUGGUUGGAGCAAGAUUUGCAUUUGCCGAAGACAGAAGGUACAAGCAGAAUUUGAUGCUCAGUAUGUUUGGUUUGCGUACCCAAAGGAUCCUGCAUCUUGGGGUGAAAUUCAAGCCGACAAUGACGCGGACUCCGCAAUGAAUGUUCAUGAGAAGAUCCACUUGCUGCUUUGUGGCCAUGGGUCACCGAGCUUCGCAAAGAGAUCAGAGACAUGCAUGAAGACCUCGUUCGAGGAAAACAGGAUGUCACCCACAAUCAAGUGCAUUCCAGUUGCAGCUUCGAGGAUUCAAACGUUCACGUCGGCAAGCGACUCAAUUCCCUUGAGACGGCAGUUGAUGGCCUGAAGGACAAGAUCGAUCAGAUUCUGCAAAUUUUGCCACGGUGAUGAAUGGCCAGAGAGACUCAAAAUGCUAAAGUGCAUUGAGACGCCCGGUGACAGCCAAAUAGAUAGCAGUGAAAUCCAUUGCUGGUGGUAUGUCCAAAGGCUCAAAAGGAGCCAUCAUGGGCCCCGGUCUCACCACAACAAAUUGUUGAGUCGCAGCCAAAAGCUGUGCACAUUUAGGUAGAAGUCAGCGUUUCAACUGAC